UCUUUUGUCCCCUUCCCAGAUCUUCUCUCUCAGCAGAGAUUAUCUUGGAGCCAGAGAUAAGGAAGGGAUCAGGAAUCUCUGGAGAAGGAGUCCAGAAUCCAGUGACCUAGAAGCGGAGAAGGCGUCUGGCUCAGAGUGAACAUCCCGGAGCUGAACAAGGCGAAUUUGCUUUGGAUGGCCAGGGAGGUCCUGAUCGAUACACACUGAUCGCGUAUCCCUGAACCGAGCUCCUGGGACAGCAUCGACCUUUCACCUAGAGCCUGUCAUUGGCUGUGGAGGUCAAGCUUGGUCAGCAAUACAAGGAGACUGAGAUCUCUUAAACCCUUCAAAAUCAGGUGUCUCAUUGAAGUCUCAAGAGCUAUACAGACAGAGGAACACCAUGGAGGGCGACUGCUUGAGCUGCAUGAAGUAUCUGAUGUUUGUUUUCAAUUUCUUCAUAUUUCUGGGGGGUGCCUGCCUCCUGGGCGUCGGGAUCUGGGUCAUGGUGGACCCCACUGGGUUUCGAGAGAUUGUGGCUGCUAACCCUCUCCUCUUCACGGGUGCCUACAUCCUGCUGGCCAUGGGGGCCCUGCUUUUCCUCCUCGGUUUCCUAGGCUGCUGUGGAGCCAUCCGGGAAAACAAGUGCUUGCUGCUCUUCUUUUUCCUGUUCAUUUUGUUAAUAUUCCUGGCGGAGCUCUCAGCAGCCAUCCUGGCCUUCAUCUUCAGAGAAAAUCUCACAAGAGAGUUCUUCACCAAGGAGCUGACGAAGCAUUAUCAGGGCAGCAACGAGACAGAUGUCUUCUCCACUACCUGGAACUCAGUCAUGAUCACGUUUGGUUGCUGUGGAGUCAAUGGCCCUGAAGACUUUAAGGUGGCUUCGGUUUACCGCUUCCUGAACUUCAAUGGGGAUGAAGUCCCGGAGGCAUGCUGCCGAAGAGAGCCCCAGAGUCGGGAUGGCAUGCUUGUCAACAGGGAUGAAUGCCUCUUGGGAAGAGACCGGUCCUUGAACAAACAGGGCUGUUACACUGUGAUCCUCAAUUCCUUCGAGACUUACGUCUAUCUUGCUGGAGCCCUCGCCAUUGGAGUGCUGGCCAUUGAGCUGUUUGCCAUGAUCUUUGCCAUGUGCCUCUUCCGAGGGAUCCAGUAGAGAGAAGGCUGCCCCUCUCCUUCCUGGUGACUGCUUCUCCUGCCUUGCUUCCUCCCCUCCCUGCAGUCCCCAACCCUGCCUGCCUGCCUGAUCCAGGAAAGCUGGCAGGGGGCAGGGGGUGGGGGUGCCGAGAAGAAGUAGGGCAGUAAAUAGCUAUUUUUGUUAACAAGAAGAAAUGAAGAAAGAAAGGAUAAAAAAAAAGUUUGUUGCUGUAACAUAUAUUUGGCCAAGGAGAUAGCCCAGAAUUGGAGGUGCUGCACAUUGGACACGAAUGCCGGGCUUCUCCCUCAGGGCAUCCUGCCCAGGGACCAGGAGCCAGAAGCCAACCAGGCAUGGAUUGCACUAAAGACCAAAGGAACAUCAGCAGCCUAAGGGUGAGGGGGAGUUUCCCAGCAUCCUUCCUCUUUGUACAGCUGGACCUCGUGACCACCACUCAGCACCAGUCUUGUGGACCAUUAGCCACCAUGUCUGACCAGGCUAGGAGAAAGCAGUAAGUCCUGGGGUCUAGGAGACAGCAGGGGGAAGGGGAAACGGAUGUGUCUUGUGCCCCCUGGCAGGAUGUAGGAAGAGGGAGAAGAUGAGAGGCUGCAAAAAGACCCUGUUCUUCUGGGAAGAGGACUAAAAGUCAGGCAAUUUUGGAAAUACUGCAUUGUCGAAAAAGUCUUGAGCUCUGGGGAAUAGGGGCUGGGGGUAGGGGCUAAAGGGGAGGGACAUGUUCUAAAGCAGAGGGGUCUUUAGGGUCUUCUGUUAGAGGAAACUAGAACUGGAUAGUCUCUGUUCCCUCUGAAAAAGUGCCCAGGGCUGUUCUGCUUCACUCUAACCGCCUCCCUUCUGGCCAGCCCCAUCCUCCCCGGCUCUCUCACAGUGUUGGGGAGGGCACCGUUAGCAGAGCUGGAAGGGACCCCCAGAGACCUCCUAGUCACCCCAUUUUGACAGAUGAAGCUCAGGACUGCCGUGUGAUUUCCCAAGAUCACACGAAGAGUCAAGUAGCUGUUUCUGGAUCUGAACUCUCUGUCUUAUGCCAUUUUGACUGCAUCACCCGGCUCCCUUGCUGGAGGCUAUAACCCAGAAUGCCCAGCUGGGCAGGGUUUGGGGGGAGGCGAUGGGUUCCUGAGGGUGCCUAUCGGAAAUAGAAGUGUCCCCAGUUCUUUCUGUGUCUCCUUCCACCUUCCAGACCCUCCCCCCCCCCUUGCUCUAGCCCUAAGAGAGGAGGCGAAAUCAGAGCAGUAUUGUACCCUCUUCUCACUUUCUCCCUCCGGAGCUAAGACCAGAGCGGGGCAGCCAAGCUUUGCCCCCGAGCAGGAAACUUAGAAGGGCCCCCAUCCCCUUGUCAGGGCACACAGUGGCCUGCCCACCCCAUCUCUGGCAGCAGAAGGGAGGGUAGCUCCUGUGGGCUUCGUCCCCUGGCACAUACUCAGCUCAGCAACAGCACUGUGCUUUUUAGCCCUCCGAAGUCCUAGUUUCAGCAGGGCAGAAACCUCAGGGUGCCUGUACAUCUCCCUCCUUGUCCCAGCUGCAGAUAGUCAUGGGGCUCUGCCCACCUCCUUUGGUUUCUCUUUUCCCGUGGGCUGUCCAUUCUCCAACCAUCCUCCUGAUGACCCCAGUGGAAAAGCCUGUGCCCCAGUGGGAUGCCCAGACAGCUCCAGAGCCCCUGGAGGGAUGCCACCGAGGCCCAAGAAGGGAAAACCGAGCCCCCAGAGCCCCUCGAGGGAUACCACCGAGGCCCAAAAAGGGAAAACCGAGCCGUUCUCACUGGAUUCCCAUCCUUCCCCCAGAAGGGCCCUGGUAGGAAAGGAAAGGAAGUGGCCUCCAUCGAGGCCCUAAGGAGGGCUGAAGUCCUCUUCCUGAGCGGGACAGGCCCUAGAAUGAGCCAGGACAGCUCCUCUCUCAGGGGCCCAGGCUGGAGUUUGGGGGAGUCCAUCUAGAUCAGACUCAAAGUGGGCCAGAGGGGAGGCUUUUCUCCUCUCCUCCCUUCUUUUCCCACACUCGAAUGAGCCUUCACCCAAUCCUAUCAAGAGGGGGGAUGGGAGUUGAGGGUGAGGGAGUGGGCUGGUGGGAGACCCCAUCCUGUGUUGGGAACCAGCAGCCCUUUCAGAAGCUACUGACUCUUGGGAGAGAGAAAGCAAACUUUCAUGGGGAAGGUAGGGGCAAGCUCUGGGCUCCCCAUCGGGCUCAGCGUCCAGAGCUGCUGUUGCUGCUUGGUUUUUGUAACCCUCCCCCUGCCCCCCAAGCCCCGAUGUGCCCCUUUCCCCUCCUCUCUCUCGUGAUCUCAUUGGAGGCCCCAGAAGAGCCCGAGUGUGACGGGGCUCUCCCCACUUCCCUCCCCUAGCCCAGUCUCCUGCCAUGUGAAAUAUGUUUAAAGUCUAUUUUGAAAACUGUAAAUGUUCCUUGGAGUAGAUAGCAGAGCUAAUUUAUCAUGUAUUCCCUCCCAUCAGGCUUUUUUUAUAUCGGGGAGUUUUUUUGUAAUAUAAAACAGAACACACAUUGAAUGUUCUGCACUGGUCUUUGUGUCUGUUUCUUACAAAACAAACAAACAAAUAAAUAAAUAACGGCAUACAUGAA